CCAAGAUCGCUCGCUCGUAUUCCCGCCCCCGCAACUCCCCCAGCUCCUCCGAGUCCCGCAGAUUGAGCUCAGUCGCACUGUUUGUGUGUGUGAGGCUGCAGGCAGGAGUCAUGGGUUCGCCGCUCAGGUUCGAUGGGCGUGUGGUACUGGUCACCGGCGCCGGAGGAGGUUUGGGCCGAGCCUACGCCCUGGCUUUUGCAGAAAGAGGAGCAUUAGUUGUUGUGAAUGAUUUAGGAGGAGACUUUAAGGGAGUUGGUAAAGGCUCCUUAGCUGCUGACAAGGUUGUCGAAGAAAUAAGAAGGAAUGGUGGAAAAGCUGUGGCCAACUAUGAUUCUGUGGAAGCAGGAGAAAAGGUUGUGAAGACUGCACUGGAUGCUUUUGGAAGAAUAGAUGUUGUGGUCAACAAUGCUGGAAUUCUGAGGGACCGUUCCUUUAGUAGAAUAAGUGAUGAAGACUGGGAUAUAAUCCAGAGAGUUCAUUUGCGGGGCUCAUUCCAAGUAACCCGGGCAGCAUGGGAUCAUAUGAAGAAACAGAAUUAUGGAAGGAUCAUUAUGACUUCAUCAGCUUCAGGAAUAUAUGGCAACUUUGGCCAGGCAAAUUAUAGUGCUGCAAAGUUGGGUAUUCUGGGCCUUGCAAAUACUCUUGCAAUUGAAGGCAGGAAAAACAACAUUCACUGUAAUACUAUUGCCCCUAACGCUGGAUCAAGGAUGACUCAGACUGUUCUGCCUGAAGAUAUUUUUGAAGCUUUAAAGCCUGAAUAUGUGGCACCGCUGGUCCUUUGGCUUUGCCAUGAGAGUUGUGAGGAAAAUGGUGGCUUAUUUGAGGUUGGAGCAGGAUGGAUUGGAAAAUUACGCUGGGAGCGAACUCUUGGAGCCAUUGCUAGACAGAGGAAUCAACCAAUGACUCCUGAGGCAGUGAAGGCUAACUGGAAGAAGAUCUGUGACUUCAGUAAUGCCAGCAAGCCUCAGAAUAUCCAAGAAUCAGUUGCAAGUAUGAUUAAAGUUUUACAUAAAAUAGAUGCAGAAGGAGGAAUUUCAACAAAUCAUACCAGUCAUGAAACGUCUACAGCCACUUCAGAAUUUACUGGAGCUAUCGGCUAUAAACUCCCUUCAUUUUCUUCUGCUUACACGGAACUAGAAACUAUUAUGUAUGCUCUUGGAGUGGGAGCUUCAGUCAAAGAUCCAAAAGAUUUGAAAUUUGUUUAUGAAGGAAGUUCUGAUUUCUCCUGUUUGCCUACCUUUGGAGUUAUCAUAGCUCAGAAAUCUAUGAUGGGUGAAGGAUUGACAGAGAUUCCUGGACUUUCAGUCAGCCUUGCAAAGGUUCUUCAUGGGGAGCAAUACUUGGAGUUAUAUAAACCACUUCCUAGAUCAGGAAAAUUAAGAUGUGAAGCAGUUGUUGCUGACGUCCUAGAUAAAGGAUCUGGCGUAGUAAUUCUUAUGGAUGUCUAUUCUUAUUCUGGGAAGGAACUUAUAUGCUAUAACCAGUUCUCUCUCUUUCUUGUUGGCUCUGGAGGGUUUGGAGGAAAACGGACAUCAGAAAAACUCAAGGUAACUGUAGCCAUACCUAAUAGACCUCCUGAUGCUGUACUUAAAGAUACCACCUCACUUAAUCAGGCUGCUUUGUACCGCCUCAGUGGAGACUGGAAUCCCUUACACAUUGACCCUAACUUUGCUAGCCUUGCAGGUUUUGAGAAGCCCAUAUUACACGGAUUAUGUACCUUUGGAUUUUCUGCCAGGCAUGUUUUACGGCAGUUUGCGGAUAAUGAUGUGUCAAGGUUCAAAGCAAUUAAGUCUCGUUUUGCAAAACCAGUAUAUCCAGGACAAACUCUACAAACUGAGAUGUGGAAGGAAGGAAACAGGAUUCAUUUUCAGACCAAGGUUCAAGAAACUGGAGACAUUGUCAUUUCAAAUGCAUAUGUGGAUCUUGUGCCCACAUCAGAUAUUUCAGCUAAGACACCCUCUGAGAGUGGAGAGCUUCAGAGUACUCUCGUGUUUGAGGCAAUACGUCGACGCCUUAAGGAUGUUGGGCAUGAGGUGGUUAAGAAAGUAAAUGCUGUAUUUGAAUGGCAUAUCACUAAAGGUGGAGACAUUGCAGCUAAGUGGACUAUUGACCUGAAAAAUGAAUGUGGAAAAGUAUACAAAGGCCCCGCAAAAGGCUCUGCUGAUACAACUAUCAUAAUUUCAGAUGACGAUUUCAUGGAGGUAGUUCUGGGCAAGCUUGACCCUCAGAAGGCAUUCUUUAGUGGCCGACUGAAGGCCAGAGGGAACAUCAUGCUGAGUCAGAAACUCCAGAUGAUUCUUAAAGACUAUUCCAAGCUCUGAGGAACAUACUGCAUUAGUAAUAAAAAUAGAAUAAGUACUUACUUCAUCCAAGUAUGUUUGAUUAUGCUGCAAAAAUGAUCAAAACUAAGAUGCAAAGAUGCAUAACAUUCAGAUUUUCAUUUUCUACUAAUUUUGCACAUAUUUUUUACAAGGAACUAUAAACUAGCAUGUAAUUAUCUUUCUGUUCUUAGAACUGUAUCUUCAUAAUAAAAAAAAUUCACCCAAGUUCAGUUUCUUAUUUGUGAUAGCCUUUAUAAGUUGAAAGAAAAAAUUAAGUGAAUAAAAGCUACUUUGAUACCCUU